AUGCAUUUCGUCCUGGUGACAUAUGGAGAGACAUUGAUCUUCCAAGUCGCAUCUCUAUGGAUGCAUUUCGUCCUGGUGACAAAUGGAGGGACAUUGACCACCCAAGUGAUAUCUCCGUGGAUGCAUUUCGUCCUGGUGACAAAAGGAGACAUUGAUCUUCCAAGUCGCAUUUCUAUGGAUGCAUUUCGUCCAGGUGACAAAUGGAGAGACAUUGAUCAUCCAAGUGACAUCUCUGUGGGUGCAUCUUGUUCUAGUGACAGAUGGAGAGAUGUGGGUCUUUCAAGUGACAUCUCAAUGGAUGCAUCUCGUCUUGGUGACAGUUGCAGAGCCGUUGAUGUUCCAAGUUCCAAUGCAUCUCGUCCUGGUGACAGAUGGACAGAUGUUCCAAGCGUCACCUCAAUGGAUGCAUCUCAUCCUGAUGUUCCAAGUGUCAUCUCAAUGGAUGCAUCUCGUCCUGUUGAUGUUCCAAGUGAAAUCUCCUUGGAUGCAUCUCGUCUUGGUGACAGAUGGAGAGACGUUGAUGUUCCAAAUGACAUCUCAACGGAUGCAUCUCGUCUUGAUGACAGACAGCGGGAAACCCUCUGUCCUGAUAAGAGAUCCUUGGAGGGUGUCCACCCUGGAAGCAGAUUAACUGAUGCUGCCUAUCGUGAUUGGACAAUGGAAGGUGCCUGUCCACUGAAGUUUCUCGUCGUAAAGGUUGACGGAAACUGCGCGUCCUGA